GCAGAUGGCGCGACCCAGCCGAAAGCCAGGUCAGACGCCGGUGCAGGUCAUUUGCAGCCUUCUGCGCCCGGAGGCGGUUGCGCCGCCCCCGCCGCCCCCGCCGGCGAGCUCGGAGGUCACCCCUGUGGACGACGGCUACGUGGGCCGAGAAAUACUUGCCCCGCCGGUGCCGGCCAUGGAGGAUACCUCGCAGGCGGUGCGGGUUCGGACGCUGGUGCAGGAGGUGGAGCGACUGCAAGCUCGCAUUGCGGAGCUGGAGGAGGAGAAGGCGUCCUCGCCAUCGCCGACCUUGGCCAAGACCACAGGUGGGGGAGGCUCCUCGAAGCCGUCCUGGCUGGCGGAUUCUGGUCGCAACUCCCUGGCCACAACGCUCCCGUCGCGGCGGGGCUUGGGUGGUAUUGAGGACGACGAGGACGCCGGCCUCAAGAACCAGCUGAAGGAAGAGCAGCGGAGGUGCAAGCGCUUGGAGCAGCAAGUGCAGCGCCUCACGGACCGUCUGUCCGAGGCGGGCAGCGCCGGCGGCGUCGGCUCGCUGCCGCACUUCGAGAUGGUCGAGGUCCAGCUUGGCGAGAUUCUGAACCAAGGUGGCUUCAGCGUGGUUCACAAGGGGACCUGGCACGGCACGAAGGUGGCGGUCAAGAAGCUCUUCGAUCCGAACAUCUCGCAGGAGCUCUUGGCAGAGUUCGACAACGAAGUGCAGAAGCUCGAACUUUUGAGGCACCCCAACAUCCUCAUGGCUUUGGCAGUGCACCGCAAGCCGCCGGCACUGUCCCUCAUCAUGGAGAUGGUCGAUGGCGGGUCCUACUUCCAACUUCUCCACAUGCCCCAUCAGUUCAACUCGGCCACCGGCCCGGUUCGCGCCGUGACCUUCAAAGAGAACAUGAGCAUCCUCGACGCCACGGCCACGGCGAUGGCCUUCCUGCACGCGAGGGGCAUCGCGCACCGCGACAUCAAGUCCCACAACGUUCUCCUGUCGCCGCACUUGGAGGUCAAGCUUUGCGACUUUGGCUUGGCGAAGAUGAAGUCUGAGCUGAUGACGGGGAGCAUGCAGUUUGCAGGAACACCCAGCUACAUGGCCCCGGAAGUCUUCCGCAAUGCCAAGUACACGGAGAGUGUGGACGUCUUUGCCUUCGGCACUCUGCUGUGGGAGGCGAUGGCCAAUGACAUCCCCUUCGCAAAUCUGGAUCCCGCUGACAUUCGCGAACGCGUUAUUGAAGGGCAGAUGCUGGAGAUGCCCUCCCUUGCACCUCGCGAAGUCCAGCAGCUGAUCCGCAGCUGCUGGACCCUGGACUACAAGGUGCGCCCAACUAUGCCGGAAGUGCUUCAGUCGCUCCGAUCCUGCCGCGACGCCGAUAAGGCGCCCCUGCGAAAAGUUCGCCAGUGUUCAGGGUUUAGGGCUGAGGGUUUAGGGUUGAGGGCUGGAGGGCUCAGGAACCCUAAAAUCCUAAGCCCUGAACUCUAA